AUGCCAAAGUUCCGUGACGCUAUUCUCCUGGCUCAUGCUUCCCGUUUGAUUAAUGGUGAAGAAUUCGUGCUACUCUACGAUUUACACAAGCCUGAAAAUCCGGAUUUACCGUACACUAACUACGAGUGCUUCGAUCUCGACAAGAUGACCGAUGAACAAUGUAAAACUGAGUUUAGAUUUUACAAGAAGUGCAUUUACAACUUGGCAGAGGUGUUUACUUUACCGGAUUGGAUCGUUUGCUACAAUGGUGUAAAUGUCGACAUGGUUGAGGCAUUGUGCAUUUUUCUUAAAAGAUUUGCCUAUCCCUGUAGAUACGUAGACAUGAUACCCAGAUUUGGAAGGCCAGAACCACAAUUG